AUGCUUCGAAAUGCGGUAUCUCUUUUGAUACGGAGAAAACAUAACCAAAAGGCCUGGUCUCCACAAGCCACCAGCACAGGGGCCGCACCACCCACCGGCAUCACAACUCAGGAAGCGCUCCAAAUUGUCUAUCGUCCAAUGCCUCCCGAUCGGACUGUCGAAUACGAAGAAGACUUCGGUACAAACUUGAUGAUUCAUCGCGAGUUUAUCUCCAAGCGGCACCGUGAUCAAAUGAGCUUUGACUUGGCGCCGAUGGCCUACAGCGAUGUUGAGCUUCGACAAGGGCAGAAACAUCUAGCGGGUAUUAUGAACAAAGAACGGAACGCGGUGGCCAUUGGCAUGUCAGGUAAAGAAAAUGACAGAGUUCCUUUUAACGUGGAGAUUGACUCCCAAACCCACGAGCUCCAUAGUGCGCGAUAUUUUUUCAACGAAAAUCGCAUGCGCUAUUGUGAUCGCUUUCAGGAAUUUUUCCACUCCAUGCUUACCAAAAGACAAGGCGAGGAUGGUGGAAAUGUUCAGUUUCUCUUUUCUCUUAUGGAGGCAUGUGCAAUUAUAUACGGCUGUGAUACACACGACGCACGCGAAGUGUACUACCAGGGGUUCGGCUCCAUGGAUUUGGACUCAUUGGCGAAGGAUGAGCAACAACUGCAGGAGCGCCAGCAGAGCGCAGUCGACGUCAAACAUGAUUUGCACGAAACCAACUCAGGCCACAACAUAGCAGUAUCAUUUAAGGUCGUCCAAAAAACUAUUGAUUCGUUGCCACACCUUUUUGAGGAUGAACCCGAAACAAAAGGUGAGAAAAUUGAAAGCCAGCGUAUGUUAAAGACAGACGGCGGUAUUCAUGUAAAGGUUGCGGUAAAAAAUAAAACACCACCCUGGAAUAAUUUGCAGGAAAAAGAAGGUUCUACUGAAACUUACCAUGAUACUAUACCCGAGAACUACGCCCCACUUUAUAAAGCAUAUCUUGACCAUGCCCGCGGUGAUUUUCCAAUCGCGUCUUACGACAUUUCUACGUUAGCCUCUAGCGAAUCUCUGAUUCGGAGGCGGCGCUGGCGGCACCUUAUAGAAAAGCUUGUGGGAGAAGACUAUCUGAACAUCUCGGAUGAAGAAUUUCAGGAUGCGGCGCUACUCAAUGAACAGCUGCACACCAUCAAGUUUAUGGAUUUGAAGGUUGGUGAUGCCGUAAGAGAAAUUAUGGCGCUGUUGCAGCGCGGGACAGGUGAUGGUGGAUCUUCACACCGAAAUGCCCCAUUGGAGCAGUUGCCGUCUAACCCAGAAGGACGUUUGUAA